AUGCGUGAUUCGCAAAUCGUGUUUCUUGGCGCUGGAAAGGCCAACGUGGUGGUCGACUUGCCCAUUGCCGACCUCCCGAGUGCACCGUCGUCGCUGCGCACAUCUGCGGCGAAGAUGCAGCGGAUCGCCCUGCGAGUUCGCCGUGCGGCACACAAGGAAUGCGCUGAGUGCUACCGCGCGCUGCGGGCGUACGCCGGCUGCCGCGACGUUAUCACCUUGGGUCCCGCCUUGUACAACGCUAUCGAGGCCGUCGUCCCACCGACGCAUCGGAAGCUGAUCACCGGCGCUACCGAGGCAACCGUUGUGCCCAACUUUGCAAGCAUUCCCGCGCACCUGUUGCGGGUUGACGUGACCGCCGCCGAGGCACGUGGCCGAGCCGUCGACUACGCGGUGGAGGUGAAGCCAAAAGGCGCGUGGCAGUCGCCGCAGGUGGUCGGCAUUGUGGUGGACGGUGAGACGUACUGGGUGGAAGAGGCGAAGCGUCGCCACUGCCGGUACGGGCAGAUGCGGUGCUAUAAAGAUGUGCGAGAUGCCAAGAAAGACGAGUUGCCCGCCACGAUGGCCUCCGCACCCCCCGCUCACACCGAGAAGACGUCGUCGCCAAGCCUGCCCUACUGCCCCAACUACCUCUUCCGCACCUCGCUGUCUACUCGGGAGGGCCUGCGGCGGCUCAUGCACAGCCCGCAGAACAAUCUGAAGGUGGUCCGCUGCUGCCCGUCAGGUGCGCAGUCGCCCGGCGGCGACCCGACGAUGACGACGCUGACGGUGUCGGAGCUGUGCGGCGUCGCCGACGCCAUCGACGCCUCGGGUGUGUUGACGCCGCUGUCGCACCUGCAGCUGUGCGGGUGUGCCCCACCGGCGGCGGACGAGCCCGCAGACGUGGCGGCUGACAAGCAGCUCCCCGUGCUGGACGUGGCGUUGCUCUAUCGCUGGUCCCUCGCAAAAGACAAAGACGCGGUGGAGUGGAUUAUGCUGCCCGGGGAUCCAGCAGCGCACUGCAGCUGCACCGCCCCAGAUACAUUCAGCAGAGCGUUGAAGGUCGAUGAGGCGCGGCGUGUUCGGCCGAUGCUGGAUUAUGAAACGUGUAAGGAACGUUUCUAUGUGUCGACGACGGCAAGGGACGUCUCGCUCAUAAUUGCCGUGUCGUCGCGCCGCGGUGCGCCGGACGCUUCCACGGCGUGCUCGCGGCUGACCGGUGUGCCGGCUGACGUCGGCGGCGUCUUUGUGCAGCGCGGCCCAGACGUGUACCGCGUUGGUGUGGUGGAUCUGGACGACAAGAAGCAUAAGACGCUGCACCACUACUACCUCCACGACAGGGAAAUUGUCGAAGCAUUUCUGAAUCAACACCGCACGUCCCUGACGAAGUAG